UUCUGGACAUAAAAAACACUGAGUAUAAACUGCAACAGGGGCUAAACGUAGGGGGGGGGAAGUGUUUUUACGUUGCCGGUGAUUUAAUUGCCCUUUUUAUUGAAAUUUUUAAAGAACACAUAUUUUUCUUGCGUUUCGGCAACUUUGUUCUCUGUUUUGUGCGGCCGUGUGGGGAUGGAUGAGAUGCGGCCUAGCAGCGCAGCAGCAGCAGCGCACCUCGGCCUCGCCUCGCUCUUUCCCCCGGGAUUGCAGGCCAUUUAUGGGGAAUCCAGGCGCCUGUAUCCCGAUCAGGCGAACCCGCUGCAAGUCACAGCCAUUGUGAAGUACUGGUUAGGGGGUCCAGAUCCUCUGGACUACAUUAGUAUGUACAGAAACAUGGGAUGUCCUGGACAAGACAUACCAGAACAUUGGCACUAUGUCAGCUUGGGUCUUAGUGAUUUGUACGGGGACAACAGAGUUCAUGAAUUCACAGGCCAAGAGGGCCCAAGUGGUUUUGGUUUUGAGCUCACAUUUCGCUUGAAGAGAGAAGCAGGAGAGACGGGACCCCCUACCUGGCCAGCUGAGCUCAUGCAAGGCCUGGCUCGAUAUGUGUUUCAAUCAGAAAACACAUUCUGUAGCGGCGAUCACAUUUCGUGGCACAGUCCGUUGGACAACAGCGAGUCUAGAAUCCAGCAUAUGUUACUCACGGAGGACCCCCAGAUGCUGCCAGUGCAGACCCCCUUUGGUCACGUCAGCUUCCUUCAGAUUGUGGGUGUUUGCACAGAGGAGCUGCAGGCAGCGCAGCAGUGGAACGGUCAAGGCAUUCUGGACCUGCUGAGAGGAGUGCACAUCGCUGGGGGUCCAUGGUUAAUCACUGACAUGAGAAGAGGGGAAACUAUUUUUGAGAUUGAUCCACAUAUGCAACAGGAGCGAGUGGAUAAGGGCAUAGAGACGGAUGGCUCUAACCUGAGCGGGGUCAGUGCCAAGUGUGCCUGGGAUGACUUGAGCCGACCUCCCGAGGAUGAGGACGACAGCAGGAGCAUUUGCAUUGGGUCACAGCCACGCAGGCUGUCGGACAAAGACACUGAACAGAUUAGAGAGGCCCUGAGGAAAGGACUGGAGAUUAACAGCAAGUCUGUCCUGCCUCCCAUCAGCAGCCAGAGGCACAGUCACGACCGGCCACAACAAUCAGUUGGACAUUUCCAGACCCAGCAGACAUCAAGGAGCCGUAAGGGCAGUCUAGAAAGUGAGAGCUCAGCUGCUAUUGUCCCUCACGAGUUGGUGCGAACACGACAGCUGGAAAGCGUGCAUCUGAAGUUCAACCAGGAGUCUGGGACUCUUCUCCCACUGUGUCUCAGAGGUCGUCUGCUUCAUGGCCGACAUUUCACAUAUAAAAGCAUUAAUGGAGACACCGCAAUCACCUUCGUAUCCACCGGGGUAGAAGGGGCCUUUGCCACAGAAGAGCAUCCGUAUGCUGCACAUGGACCAUGGCUACAGAUACUUCUUACUGAGGAGUUUGUAGAGCAGAUGCUAGCUGAAAUUCAGGAUUUGAGCACCCGUGAAGUGUCUAAGCUGCCUAAGGAGUACAGCUGGCCCGAUAAGAAGCUAAAGAUCUCUGUCCUACCAGACACAGUGUUUGACAGCCCACUGCAAUAAGACUGGGAGCUCACUGUCCCUGAUUACAAACCCACAUCUACACAAAGAAGCUCAACUCUAUUGCCUGGCUCAUGUGCCUACAGAUGGCUGAACGAAACAGACGCUUCCCUUUUUCUCAGAGAGCAUCGUAUAUAAUUGCACAAACAUUUUUUACAUAUAGAACAUUUGGUAUUGUCUGUUAUACCACUUGUUUUUGCAUUGGUCUACCUAUUCACUCUUAAGGAAAGAAUAGUGUAUAUUUUUUGUAUUAAAGUGUAUAAAUAGUUUUUCUGGCUUGGCUUCAAAAAAACAUGUAUUUGUCUGUUGAACAAGGUGCAAGUAAUGGUGCCUUUAUUCACCUUAGAAUGGACUGAAGUUUAAUUUUUCUAAAUCCUGCUUGUAAUGUGAAGGUAAGCAUACAAAGGAAUAUGCCCUUGUUUAUAAAAAAAAUUAAUAAUAAUAAUAAUACUUGAGUCUGAGUAUCUGGUUUUAUUGAUUUGCAUAUAUAAAAGUAGCUGUGCCUAUUUAAGGUUGAUAUUUCAUAAGGUCUUAAUUUAGUUGUCAAACAAUAGGUGGUUAGUUCACCUACACAAUACCAAAGCUUGUACAGUAUGGGUGUUUUCUAAGCCUCGCGUGUAAUGUAAAGUUGAGAAACACUAAAUAGUUCCCUGUUCUCUCUUGUUUAUUUUUGUUAACUAUUUUACUUGUAUUGAACUUCCUUUUAUUUGACUCUAGGAUUGCAUUCCAAGCCUCUUUAUAGGGAAGCAAACUAACUGGUUCCUGGAUAGCAAUCUAUUUUGUAGAAUGUGCAUUUGUUAUUUUUGGGAUAUGUGCUCAAUAAUAUAGGUCAACGUGUAAAAAAAGAACCUCUAUUAUUAGUGUUUUGUAUUUUGUUUUUUUUAAAGAUGAAUUUACUUAGCGUACUGGCAUUUUUAUAUUCUGGAGAAUCACUACAUUGCCUGUGGUUUUGUUACCCUAAAGUGCAUUAAAGUUAUUAACCUAAA